GUAUCAAUCUUCAGUUGCAGGCGAAACGAAACAGCAUUCACUCGCUCGAUCGUCGCGUCCGGUGUUAGAAAAUGAUAAAAACCUCUAAUCAGACAAGUUCCUCAUUAAUUAUUAUUGUUGCCUUUCUUGUCUCACUGCAGUAUGUCGUCGUCCAAAGUGAUCGUAUUUCCCAGACUAGGUGUGCUGAAUAUCGCGCCCAAUCCCGUGAUCUCGCCGGCGGGCUCAACUGCAGCAACACCCGAACCAUCCUCAACGGAAUUGAGCUGGGAGCUGCCGAUGCCGAACCCGGAGAGUUCCCUCAUCAAGCGAUGCUGGGCUGGAAUUCGGGGUCGUCUUCCGAGUCGAUCGAAUUCAAUUGUGGAGGAACGCUGAUUAGUCCACUGUACGUACUCACAAGUGCGGUCUGUAUCCGAAUGCCACCGCAAAUUGUUCGGCUUGGAGCCACCAAACUGAACGAAACCGGCCCCAAUCAAAGGGACUACGAAGUGGACAGUUGGCUGAAACAUCCCCAACAUUCGUACACGCGAGCUUAUCAUGAUAUUGCUCUAGUGAAGUUGAAGGAGCCAGUUCAAUUUACCGCAUUCAUCAAACCGGCUUGUUUGGGGGUGAAUUCAACCGAUGGUGACACCGAUACCUCGAUGCUGGCCACAGGUUUUGGAACCGUGAGCUGGAGUGGUGAAAGAAAUCAUCAGCUGCGCAAAACAUUGCUCGAAUUCUUGCCCCUCCAACAGUGUGAGGAAGCUUUCGGAUCGUCCAGACGCCUCAAAGAGGGCAUUUCGCAGGAUCAAAUGUGCGUCGGAACUUUCAUGGAUGGAUCCAACAGCUGUCAAAUCGAUGCCGGCAGUCCAAUUCAGAGGGUUUUGGAUCCGGACGUAUGUCUCUACAAUGUUCUGGGAGUGGACUCGUUGGGGUCUGUGUGUGGACUUCGACAUUCACCGGAAAUUUUCACCUCCGUAGAGAAUCAUUUGGAUUGGAUUGAGAGUGUUGUGUGGGCGUGAUUAUAAACAGAAUGAAAAAUCGAUGAA